CAAUACCUCAGGCGGCCGCUUAUCAUCCUUUUGUCGCUGUUGCGCCGCGCUCCUGCCGCUUCUCUCGCUCUCUCUUGUGCAAACAUGGCGGCUCCCUGGCUUGUCAAUGCUGUUCUUCGCCGGCUCCUGAGCAGAGUCCCUGGGCAGCCAAUUCGCCUGCGCUCCUCGGGGAAGUUUGAGGCUGAGCCGCUCAGGCGGGAGGAGGAGGAGUGUGGGGCAGAGGCCGCGGGAGACAUGGGGAGAGAAGCCAAGGGUUUGCUGAAGGAAUUCUCGGAGCCCAAGUCCCUGCUGAACAGAGUCAUCUCCCGAGCCCUAAGGACGUCCCACACCAGAGACACGUUGCUUUAUAUCCACCGCAGCAGCGCCGGCGAGAAUAAAGUGACGCUGCGGCUAAAAUGGCCCAAACACAUGGAAAUCGAGGCCCGUGGGCCAAAGAAGAUCGACGCAGAGCGACAGGUGGCCGACAUGGCCUGUAAGAUAUUCCAGAAACUUGGCUUGUUGGGCCCCAGGAAUGAGCCCUUUGAGUGCAGUAAAUACAAGGAGUUGGCCGGCCACUUCCACACGCAGGAAUGUGGGCUACCAGGUCAGACUAGAAGUAUGUUGCCUCCCCGCGGAGGGGCCCUCCUCUUCUGCACCGUUGGGGUCUUACUAAAGAAACUGCAGAGCAACCCCACUCUGGAGGGCGUCAGUCACGUUCUGGUGGAUGAGGUGCACCAACGAGACGUCAACACAGACUUUCUCCUCAUCCUCCUGAAGAAGGUUCAGCAGCAGAACCCGCAGUUCAAGGUGGUGCUAAUGAGCGCUACUGGGGAUAAUGAGCGAAUAUCCAGGUAUUUCGGGGGCUGCCCCAUUAUAAGGGUGCCGGGAUUUAUGUAUCCGGUGCAGGAAAAUUACUUGGACGAUGUUGCCGCCAUGUUGGGCAGAAGCGCUGAUGAGCUCAUUAAGGCCAAUAUGGAGGAAUGUGCACCUGACCUGGAUCUGAUCAGCAGUGUCGUACAACAUAUUGCUGACAAUGGGCCGCCAGGGGGGAUUCUCUGUUUUCUCCCCGGCUGGCAGGAAAUUCGGGGGGUGCAGCAGAGACUGGAGGAGAAUGAGCAUCGAGCCAAGGAGAAGUUCCUCAUUUUACCAGUUCACUCAAACAUUCCCAUGAUGGACCAGCAGAGCAUGUUCCAGCGCCCGCCCCCUGGAGUCCGGAAGAUUGUCCUGGCCACUAACAUCGCUGAGACUUCGGUUACAGUUGAUGACAUUGUUCAUGUGAUUGACAGCGGGAGACAGAAGGAGCAGCGCUAUGACCUCAGGACUAAGGUUUCCUGUUUGGAGACAUUUUGGGUGUCCAAGUCGAAUGUGACUCAGAGACGCGGGAGAGCCGGGCGGUGUCAGCCGGGAUUCUCUUACCACCUCUUCACCCGUGAGCAGCACCAAUCAAUGGCCUCCUUCCAGCUGCCCGAAAUCCUGCGCACCCCCCUGGAGAGCCUGGUACUGCAGGCCAAGGUUCAUGUGCCGGAGAUGACGGCGGUGGAGUUCCUGUCUCAAGCUUUGGAAAGUCCAGACCCCCAUGCGAUUGCUGAUGCAGUGCGACUCCUGCAGGAAAUCCGGGUGCUGAAUAGUGACGAGCAGCUGACGUUACUGGGCCACAGAGUUUCCAACAUCUCCACUGACCCCAAACUGGCCAAAGCCAUCGUCCUGGCCUCCAUCUUCCGCUGCCUCCACCCCCUGCUCAUCAUCGUUGCCUGUCUCACCAGAGACCCCUUCCAGAGUGGGCUGCAGAAUAGAGCGCAGGUCAACAGAGCAAAGAAGUCCCUGAGCGGAGAGUCGUGCAGUGAUCACAUGGCGUAUGUACGAGCCUUACAGGGAUGGGAAGAGGUUCUGAGUCAGAGAAAUGGCACCGCCCGGGAGAACUUCCUAGAGACCCACACGCUCUCCCCCGGGGCCCUGCGCUUCAUCCAAGGUCUCAUCUCACAGUUUUCCUCCAAUGUGUCCGAUGCCUUCCUUGUGUCUGAUGCCUCCGAGUGCAGAGACCAGAACUCCCAGUACAACCAGUUUAGCCACAAGAAUGAGCUGGUGAAGGCUGUGCUCCUGGCUGGGCUCUACCCAAACCUCGUCCAUGUCAAGCGCGGGUUUGUCACCAAAGGGAAAUUCAAGCCCAACAGCCUCCUGUAUAAGACGAGGGAAGGGGCUGUUCUCCUCCACAGGACCACCAUUAACAGGGAUGAGAAGCACCUCACUAGCCCGUGGCUCACUUAUUUCCAGGCAGUGAAGUCCAGCGGCAGCGUCUUUGUGCGGGACAGUUCCAUGGUGCACCCCCUGGCCGUGCUGCUAUUGGCCGACAGCUCCGUCAUUCUCAAAGACUGGGGGCAGCAGCUGGUGAUCAGCCUGUCGGACUGUGACCUCCUGAAGGUGGAAAGUGACCGUCGCACUAUUGCGCUGCUGAAUGAUUUGCGCCUGGCCCUGACGCGCAUGGUGGGGCGGAGCUUGAGCCAAGAGCUGCCAGAAUUCCCUGCACAAGAACAAGCGGAGCACGAGCAUCUGAUCUCCAUAUUGGUGCAGCUUCUGAACAGCACCGCUCACAGCUUUAGGGACAGAGCGGAAACCCUCCCUGAGGAAUGAUUUGCACUCGCGUUUCCCACUACUGAAAUAUGAACAGUCUCAGGCCUCCCUAUAGGAGAGACUUAGUUACUAAACCUGCAGGAGAAUUACCCACCGGCCCUGCAGCAAGUCCUUCUUCUUUGCACUAACACUGAAAAGCCUUGAAUCUCCAGCGUACACCCAAAAGUGCUUGAUCCUGGAGGAUGCUGGGAGUUGUAGUUCUGCAAGAGCCGACGAGCUGAAGUUUGCAUCAGAUUCUGGAAUUCUGUAUUUAUGUUCUGAGCUCGUUCUAUUGGAGUCAGAGUUAGGGUUCCGGCUGGAGAGGUGAAGUUACUGCAAUGGCAGAACGUUCUGAGCACUUGACAAAGGAUAUUUAUUUUGCUACAGACUGUUUCCAAGUGAAUGUAGUGUAAUUGUUUGUACAGAUAUUGAUAUAACUUAUUACUUUGUUUAUUAAACUCGAUUCUAUAGUAAA